AUGGAAGAGGAGGAGCACACGGACAGGCAAAUGCAACUUGCUUUGCUAAGUCAGAAGCUACAGAACAUUAAAACCAGAUAUCUUACUGAAGAUAACACAGAUAACAUUAACAAGAUCAUCAGCUCAAACUCUCCUGAGUCGUGCUGGACGUAUCUGCUCAACCUGGAGAAGAAGGGGAAUCCUCACACCGACUCCAACCUUCUCACCAAGCUGAUGGACUGCUACAGUCGAGUGUUUUCAAACCUGCCCCUGGCGAAACACAGCCAGAAUGAGAGCUAUGCCCGGAUGCUGGUCCGAUUCGCAGAGCUGAAAGAAAUUCAAGACCCCGAUGAGGCUGGGGACCAUUUCAAUGUGGCGAGGUCCAAUAGCAAGGCUUUUUCCUUUGUGCAUAUUGCACAUGCACAGUUCGAGCUGUCUCAGGGAAAUGCAAAGAAAAGCACUUCAAUCCUGCAGAGGGCCUUUGAGCUGAACGCCCAACCCAGAGAGUUGCUGGAGGUGGCUCUACAGAAUCUAAAGGCAGGGAAAACUCAACUCCUGUCCACCGAGGAUAAGGAGAACAUGGCGGUCCCAUCGCUGUCCGGCACACAAGACCCUGUGAAAAGCAUCACAGCGUUUCCCAAAGCCACUCCCACUUCAGAUGGGACCGGUGACCUGCAGCUUAACAGUGUACUCUGUCCAGGGCUGGAUCAGAAUAAUGGUCCACAAGAGGAUCCGCUGGCGGUCUGGAGGCCUGGCCCACAAAGAAAGAGAGUCUGUGCUAUGCCAGGGAGAGUUCCACUGCUGCCCCCCCCCAUCCCAGAGAGUGACAGUAAUGAUGAUGAUGAGAGGCAGAAGAAGAAGAGUGACACUUCCUGUCCAAGCAGCAGCCUGUCCAGGCAAACGUCUGGAUCAAGAAUAAAUCCCACAUUCACCUUUUCUUCAUCUAAGAAGAGCGGCGGAGCUGGUGACUCCUACAGUCUGCUCAGCUUGAAGCCAUCCAUCAUCUGUCCUGAGCCAAGCCCAUUGGAGGCAGCAGACUCCACCACAACUCUCCUGAACAGACAAGACAGGAAGGGGUCCACCAGGACAGACGGUUACUCUGAAAACAUAAACCAGGUCGUCAGCUCAAAUUCUCCUGAGUCGUGCUGGACAUCUCUGCUCAACCUGGAGAGGAAGGGGAAUCCUCACACCGACUCCAGCCUUCUCAGCAAGCUGAUCGACUGCUACACUCGAGUGUUUUCAAACCUGCCCCUGGCGAAACACAGCCAGAAUGAGAGCUACGCCCGGAUGCUGGUCCGAUUCGCAGAGCUGAAAGCAAUUGAAGAUGCUGAUGAGGCUCAGGACCACUUCAUCAUAGCCAGGACCAACUGCAAGACCUUUGCCUUUGUGCACAUUGCUCAUGCUCAGUUCAAGCUCUCUCAGGGAAACGCAAAGAAAAGCGCCUCGAUACUGCAGAGGGCCUUUGAGCUGAACGCCCAACCCAGAGAGUUGCUGGAGGUGGCUCUACAGAAUCUAAAGGCAGGGAAAACUCAACUCCUGUCCACCGAGGAUAAGGAGAACAUGGCGGUGGAUCCCUCUAUUCGCACUCCCCCAGCUGUUCAGAGUGAUGGGAGGGAGAGAGUGGAGGGGAACCAGUUAAAGCUGUCCUCCAACCUGGGACAGUACAAGCCUGUGUGUAAUCCCCCGUCUGACUGGAAGAUACCUGCCCGCAUCAGCAGACACAUCUCCCCAGAGGAUAAACGGUUUCCAUCCAAUCAGAUGCCCACUUCACAGCCAGCUGACCCAAUGCCUACUCCAUCUCUCCUGCCUCCUGCAAGGGGGAACCCCACCCUCGCCUGUGAGACGCCUAAACAGAAAGCCUUUAGUGCCAACAGUUUUGUGACCCCAGUGGUGAGAAGAAACCCUCCAGUUAUGGCUUCAGUUUCAGUGCCUCACAGUGUAGAGGUGUCCCAGCAGCCAUGCACCCCUCAAAACCAGAUGUCCUACAUCCAACAGACCCCACAGGGAUCUGUCAAUUCUUUGUCCAAUGAAACCAUCACCAUAAAAGGCAGACAGUUCUUCAUAUUGAAGAUGAUUGGCCAAGGUGGAUCCAGUAAGGUGUACCAGGUUCUGGACCAUCGGAAACAGCUGUUUGCUGUUAAAUAUGUCAACCUGGAGGAGGCUGACGCUCAGACGAUCGAGAGCUACAAGAAUGAGAUUGAGCACUUGAACCACCUGCAGCAGUACAGUGACCUGAUUAUCAAGCUGUAUGAUUAUGAGAUCACAGACCACUACAUCUACAUGCUGAUGGAGUGUGGAAACCUGGACCUUAACACCUGGCUGCGAAAACACAAGACCGUCAACCCAUGGGAGAGGAAGGUCUACUGGAAGAAAAUGCUUGACGCCGUCCAAGCCAUCCACAAACACGGAAUUGUGCACAGUGAUUUGAAGCCAGCAAAUUUCAUGAUUGUGAACACCUCGCUGAAACUCAUUGACUUUGGCAUCUCCAAUCGUAUCCAGCCAGAUGUAACCAGCAUCGUAAAGGACUCGCAGGUGGGGACUCUAAACUACAUGCCCCCAGAAGCCAUCAAAGACACGUCAUCCAACACUGGGAAGCCCAGCUCUAAGAUCAGUCCGAAAGGGGAUGUCUGGUCCCUGGGCUGCAUCCUGUACUGUAUGACGUAUGGAAGGACUCCCUUCCAGAAAAUUGUUAACCAGAUCACCAAGAUGCAUGCCAUCAUUGACCCAUCCCACGAGAUUGAAUUCCCUGACAUUGCUGAAAAGGACCUCUUGGAUGUUCUAAAGAGGUGUUUGGUGCGGAACCCAAAGCAGCGGAUCUCUGUUGCUGAGCUCCUAGCUCACCCCUACCUUCAGAUGCAGCCCCAACCCUCACCUGAGCCAGUUCAACCCAGCAAUAACGAUCUGAAGAGAAUUCUAAAUGAGCUGGCAGCAUUGCAGUCUCCCAACAGCAUUGCUAGAGCCGCCAAUAACUUGGCGAAAAUGUGUAACAGUGGCAAGAGGCUGGACGUCUCCGAAUGUGUGAGGAGCUCCAAUAAGUCCUCCUGAACAAAGAGAGCCGGUCAUGCGGGGUCAUUCCAGAGGGUGGCCAUGCCUCACUCCAGCCCCGAGAAACACGUCCAAUACCCCAUCCGGAAUCUGUCACACUGAACUGCUAUUCUGUAGCUGCUUACCUUCAUGCCCAACCUUUGCUCUGUUGGAAGCUGCAUGUCUCUUCCUUGAUCAUUUUUUGGAAAAG